AACAGUGACGUGCUUGUCACAAAGCCAGAGGCCGGUGUACUCGGGUUAGAGAGGGCCUUUGUCGUUGGGUUUUCUUCUUAUUGUAUUAUUCGGGCUCCACCGACCCAAAUAUUAGUCAACUGGGUUGGGCGAGGUAGGACGGAUGAAGCCCACCGUCUAACAAUCUGGAACAUCUAUAGGAGCAGAUCUGCCGCUUGAAACAGCUGACCCAGCGGCGACUGCGGAACCACUAGCAGCGUCUGCACAGAUCGACCCCGCCAUCCCCCCGUCCCGCUCGGUGACCGGAGACGCAGCUGGGAACGCGACUGAUCAGGCUACCGAGCCUGGCCGCAGGGCGAAGGCGGUGCGGUCCGAGGCCUCAGAAAGGGACACGCAGCAGCGGCAGUGGCGCUGACUCAGCCCGGCCUCCCUGCAGUCCCCUGGCAGCCGUAGCAGCCACAGGGGCGGGCGGCUGGGCUACACGCCUCCCCCCGCCCUCGGCCCCACCCGGCCGCACCCUAAGCCGCGCAGCGUCACAGAGCGCAUGCGUGCCGCGGGGCAUGCCGGGAGCGCGCAGUGGCGGCAGCGGCGGCGACGGCAGUAACAGCGGCAGCUACAGCGGGGACGCGAGCGGGGCGGUGACGGUGUGGGAGGUGGUCUCACUCUUGGGAAAACUGCUGGGCACCGUCGUCGCGCUGAAGGUGGUUCUGUACCUGCUCCGAGUGUGCUUAGCGAUGGCCUGGAAAUCCGGCGGCGCCAGCCACUCGGAGCUAAUCCACAAUCUCCGCAAAAAUGGAAUCAUCAAGACAGAUAAAGUAUUUGAAGUGAUGCUGGCUACAGACCGCUCCCACUAUGCAAAAUGUAACCCAUACAUGGAUUCUCCACAAUCAAUAGGUUUCCAAGCAACAAUCAGUGCUCCACACAUGCAUGCAUAUGCGCUAGAACUUCUAUUUGAUCAGUUGCAUGAAGGAGCUAAAGCUCUUGAUGUAGGAUCUGGAAGUGGAAUCCUUACUGCAUGUUUUGCACGUAUGGUUGGAUGUACUGGAAAAGUCAUAGGAAUUGAUCACAUUAAAGAGCUAGUGGAUGACUCAAUAAAUAAUGUCAGGAAGGACGAUCCAACACUUCUGUCUUCAGGGAGAGUACAGCUUGUUGUGGGGGAUGGAAGAAUGGGAUAUGCUGAAGAAGCCCCUUAUGAUGCCAUUCAUGUGGGAGCUGCAGCCCCUGUUGUACCCCAGGCGCUAAUAGAUCAGUUAAAGCCUGGAGGAAGAUUGAUAUUGCCUGUUGGUCCUGCAGGCGGAAACCAAAUGUUGGAGCAGUAUGACAAGCUACAAGAUGGCAGCGUCAAAAUGAAGCCUCUGAUGGGGGUGAUAUACGUGCCUUUAACAGAUAAAGAAAAGCAGUGGUCCAGGGAUGAAUUGUAAAAGCAACAUCAGCUUGACCAGUAUAAAAUUACAGUGGAUUGCUCAUCUCAGUCCUCAAAGCUUUUUGAAAACCAACACCAUCACAGCUUGUUUUGGACUUUGUUACACUGUUAUUUUCAGCAUGAAAAUGUGUGUUUUUUUAGGAUUUCUGAUUCUUCAAAGAGGCACAGAGCCAAAUUGGUAGAGGAAGGAUGCAAAGUAUAAAUUUGUGUAAUAUUACUUUAACAAGCCCAUAUUUUACUUGGAAAUAUUAAAAGAAAGGGUUCUGUAAAAUGGAAAACUUAGUUUGUGAAUUGAUUUUGAGGAGUGGUUUUUCUUUUCUUGGACACUUAAUUCUGUUCUGGUAUUAUGAGAUUGCUUUUGUGCAUUGGAUAACACCACCAUUCACAAGUUAAGAUUCUUGGUAUUUGGAUGUCUGUUAGAUGCUACUAAGAAAAUAGAGAUGAGCUUUCUUUUUAAAGCUUUUGAUGUGGUGUCAUAGAAUAGCAUGUUGUAGAUACAAUCAGCUGCUUUGUUACCUUAAAACUAGGCAUUUGUAAAUAUUAAACCUUAAGAUGGCAGGUGAUGUCCUGUAAACACUCAGCUGUUCAGAUUGGACAUAACUGACUUAGUUCUUCUCUUCUCUCUCUCAAAAUUAUAGGAGACUUGUAGUUUAGUGUUGUUUUCUGUUUCUAAUUUGCUGCUGAUAAUGUAUAUGAACUUAACAUGCUGUGUAAGCUGUGUCCUAGUUCUUGAACAGUUUAUGCAGUGCUGCUUUGCCAAAUAAAGUUAAAAGUAAAAGAGG